UCUUGUCCAUUUACACAAUGAGUUACAGCAAACGUGACGAAGAAGCCGGCAAUGUAGGGUUAUUUCGACAUGUGGAUAAGACUACCGUUUUACAAGAAGCUCGCGUCUUUAAUAGCUCACCCAUUAAUGUUCGAAAAUGCAGACUCUUAUUAACAAAAAUUGUCUACUUGCUUCAUACCAGCGAACCUUUUACAGUAAAAGAAGCAACGGACCUCUUUUUCAAUGUCAUUAAACUUUUUCAAUCGAAGGAUACUUCACUACGUCAAAUGAUGUACUUGGUGAUUAAAGAAUUAUCAGGCAUUGCAGAAGAUGUCAUCAUGGUAACUCAAUCACUUAUCAAGGACAUUCAGUCAAAGCAAGAAACGAUUUACAGAGCCAACGCCAUCCGUGCCUUAUGCUUAAUCACUGAUCAUUCAAUGAUUCAAGGUAUCGAACGUAUUUUAAAAGCAGCCAUUGUCGAUAAAACACCGUCAGUUUCUUCCGCUGCACUCGUUUCAUCCUAUCAUCUGUGUGAUGUCGCCAAAGACAUUGUAAAGCGUUGGGCCAACGAAGUUCAAGAAGCGAUCCAAACAAAACCAGCCUCCAGUUUUUCAGCUUCGAAUUACUUUACAGCGGGACAAAAUAGUAAUAACCAACAAGUCGUCAUUUCUACCAGUAGUAUCAAUCAAUACCACGCCAUUAGUUUACUCUAUUUGAUUAGACAGCAUGAUCGUAUGGCUAUUACUAAAUUAGUAGCGAAUUUCUCGGCUAAAUCCGGCGGCGGAUUCUUGGGCGGUGGAUCUAACACACUUAAGAAUCCUUCGGCCAUAUGUAUGUUGAUCCGCUUUGCAUGUAAAGUCAUGCAAGACGACCCUGGAUCUUCACGUAGAAUUUAUGAAUUAUUAGAAGGAUUUUUACGACACAAAAGCGACAUGGUCAAUUUAGAAGCAGCUCGUGCUAUUUGUGAUAUACCCAACAUGACACUUAAAGAAUUAUAUCCUGCCGUAUCCGUGCUACAACUCUUCCUUUCCUCGCCCAAACCCACUUUACGUUUUGCUGCCAUUCGCACCCUCAACCAAUUAUCGUGUGAAACACCUGCCGCCGUCUCACCUUGCAACCUUGACAUUGAAAACUUGAUUACUGACCCCAAUCGUAGUGUUGCCACAUUCGCCAUCACCACUUUAUUGAAAACCGGUAACGAAGCCUCUGUAGAUCGUCUAAUGAAACAAAUUUCGGGUUUCAUGAAUGAUAUCUCGGACGAGUUCAAGGUGAUUGUGGUAGACGCUAUUCGAGCAUUGUGUCUCAAGUUUCCCAACAAACAAGUAGUGAUGUUAGCCUUCUUGAGUAACGUGUUGAGAGAUGAAGGAGGUUAUCCAUUCAAGCGGGCAGUAGUUGAGGCCAUAUUUGAUAUGGUGCAACACAUUCCCGAAUGCAAAGAGACAGCCCUCUCCCACCUGUGUGAGUUUAUUGAGGAUUGUGAGUUCACAAAACUGUCUGUGCGUGUCCUGUACCUCUUGGGUCUGGAGGGACCCAAGACUGCUACACCUACCAAAUAUAUUCGUUAUAUAUAUAACCGUGUAAUUCUGGAGAAUUCCGUCAUUCGCGCUGCUGCCGUCAGUGCACUUGCAAAAUUUGGUGUAUAUGGUCAUGAUGCUGCUGUGAAAAAGUCGGUGCAUGUUUUAUUAACUCGUUGUCUGGAUGAUGUGGAUGAUGAAGUGCGUGAUCGUGCUACGCUUUAUUUAGCCAUGAUGAAUAACGAGAACCUUGCCAAGAAAUACAUUGCAGACGAUGCUACUUUUGCUCUUUCUACACUGGAGCGUCAAUUAGUAGAAUAUAUUCAUCAACCCGCUGACAAGGAAUUUAAUUUAAACUCUGUACCUGUGAUUAGUAAAUCACAGGAACAGGAAGAACGACGUCGCACUCGUGCAAAUGAUCCAUCUACACCAUUAUUGUCAGUUCCUUCACACACUCCUGCAUCAGGACAUCCUCAUAUCUCCAAGAUGGAUCAGCAGGAAGUGUAUGCAGAAAAGCUGUCAUCUCAUUUCUCUUCAUUUGGCCCCCUUUUCAAGAGCUCUAGCCCUAUUGCACUGACAGAGAGUGAAACAGAGUAUGUGGUGACAUGUAUUAAACACACCUUUUCCAAGCAUCUGGUUUUCCAAUUUAAUUGUACCAAUACGUUAAAUGACCAGUUAUUAGAAGAUGUCCAUAUGGUUAUGCAACCAGAAGAGGACGGUUUUAUUCAAGUGGCAGAAGUUGCAGCAGAGAAAUUAGAAUACGAUGUACCGAAUAUCAUUUACGUCGCAUUUGAGCAAGAAGAUCCUGAAGAGCUUGCCAAUGUUACAUUCACAAAUACCCUCAGAUUCUCUGUCAAGGAUUGCGAUCCCACCACUGGAGAAGCAGAUCCUGAAGGAUACCAAGAUGAAUACCAGAUUGAGGAUAUUGAAGUGACUACUAGUGAUUACAUUCGACCUUGUUACACGUCUCAUUUUGAACAGGAAUUUGAAGCGAUGGUAGAAAAUGAGAUAGUGGAUACCUUUGCUUUAGAUAAAGACAAGGCACCAAGUUUAAAAGCUGCUUGUACAUCGAUUAUUGAAUUAUUGGGCAUGCAAGCUCUGGAAGGUUCAGAGUCUGUUAAAAACAAUAAUGUCCACACCUUAUUAUUGUCGGGUACCUUUUUGGAUGGUAGUCCAGUUUUAGCUAAAUGUAGAAUGACAUUUAAUACCAGUACAGGUGUAGCAUUUGAAUUAGCUGUUCGAAGUCAGGAUGAAAAUGUAUCGCAAAUUGUGCUUUUAGCUAUUUCAUAAAUAAAAUUAUGACGUUUCUCCCUCUUUUUUCCCAAACACACACAAGGGG